AAACAAAGGAAAUACAAUCACAAUCGAUAAACGUUAUCGUACUUAUCUACCUUAUAUAUAAAUAAUCAAUACAUAUUUAGAUGUAACCCUGGAGGUUUAAAAGUACGAUAGAGUGGGUAAAGUAGGAAGAACACUCGACUUAAACAAAGAAGUUGGGAAUGUGAAAAUAAAACGAUAUAUUACACAUAGGAAAAGGUAUAUUCCUCUACCACUAUACACCACAGCAUCACAACCUACAAGUAGCCCCUAAUACCUUUCUAUGUAUAGUACAUUCUCACCGCAAACAAUGAGAGAAUGCAAACGUAUGUACUUAACUGUAAUUCUAACUCAGAAAAGAUGAAACUAUGGCAAAUUAUGAACAAGAAAUAUAGUUUUACAAAGACCAGUGAAAAUUACAUGGAGAGUAAGACCAGAUGAUCUGGAAGGGAAAGCGUCGUCUACGUUGUGGACAACACUCACCUUGUAAAUAUAAAUCCAUGAAUUGUCACGUUCUGAAAAAGAGGACAAGGAUAGUGACAAAGGAACCACACAACAUAUCAACUUUGUUCUAAUCGACACCCUCAUAUAGUAAUUAUUACAUCCGGGCUCCGCGGAUUAAGAGGAUUUUCCCUGAAAAUGACUAAUAAAUACGGCAUUCAUCCUCAAAGUAUAUAUGUUUUAGUCUAAAAGCUCUCGUUAACAUUACUAAAAGUAUACAUUACUUACAGCCAGAGGUUAUACGACCAAGACGGGUAAUAACAUUACUACUCAGUUUGUUAUCUACGUGUCCAUUAAUAUCUAUAAUGACAUUCAAGUUUUAUUACCGUAGUGUAUAAGUCGAACAUAUUUGAUAUUAUGUAGAUUUCCCAUAGACCAUGCUACUAAUAUUGUACACGUACUAUUGAAUAUUUUACUUCUGUAUUUAAUGACGAGUUAUUGUUACCUGGUUUCAGUCUAAUUGUUUCCGUUUGGUAUUUUAAGAAUACAACCUCUUUUAAAGUCAUCCAUGCAGGUCAAUUCGUUUCACUUAUUAACCCUGCUAUUUAUAUAUUUGUAAUAAAAGUGAAGAAAAUUUCUGAGUCAUCAAUAGUGUUGACAAUAGUCACCACCGUUCCAUACUAGUGCAAUGGGCGUUUCACGUAGGUGUGUGCCUUUUGGAAAAAAAUCAUUAUCAAACAUCUGGGCCAUCUAUAAUCAGCACGGUAUAAUACAUUAAAGAAGUCAUAUAGACCAGGUUAAGGUGCCCUUUGUCAGAAAGUUUAAUAAAAUGUAAUUAUCUCAGAGCUGGUCAGGACUAAUUGAAACUAUUUAGUUGUCGGUCGAGUGGCAUAUCUAGUGUGAAAUUAAUCACUGGUCCGCCAGUAUGAGUGGGGGACGAGUGGUGGUGCCUACUGUCGGAAAACCGGAGUCUAGGUAAACACGGCAGACCAAAUGGCAGUCCCAUGAUAACACCUUUUGUGCAACUGUUUGGCCAACUAAAUCACUGCCUCUUUCAGACUUAUCAACAUCAUUUUAAUUUUGACAUUUGAAAGCGACUUCCAAAGAUAAUUGUUAUCCUAAGAUUGACUGUAUAUAAUCUAAUUCAUGGUAUUUGCUAAGCCUGGGUCAGUCAUUAUACGUACACGAUGGACCGGCUCAUUGACAACGUAGGAUGUGCCAGGGAAAAGGUUUAUACUUUGGUAUUCCAUCAACUCUUGUGUUUUUUGGCCUCUCAAGGAUGUUUUCAGUUGGUGAUUGAUCUUGUCUCAUAACUCUUGUAUACUAUAGUGCAAUAAUCAUGGUGAUCGGUGUUGUGGUAACAUCGGUUACGUUUUGACGCAAAUGCCUAUAUUGGAGUAAUGGAAAUCCGUUUCAGAUGAUUACAGUCAAGAACAGGAUGUGCUUGUUUAUGAGGUUCAUCAGUUAUAAAAAUAAUAUUCGUACAUUUGUAUCUAGUUGUUUGCGAAUAUGGAGAUAAUAUACGACUACCAUAACAAUUUAUAAAAAAUAAAAAUAGGACAAUAUAGCUAUGCUGUUGAAUUUGCUUCUUAACCGGAAUUAAUAAAUUUCACAGAGACUUUGCACUGUAAAACAAGGUUCACGCGGCGGACACAGCGAAAACAUAUGAUAAUGUAAUCCGAGGAAUACUAUUCAUAGAGUCAUACAUGUCAGAAAUGACCACAAAAAGUGGACUUGAGAUCGGAUCAGCACUAUAUUGGGCCAAUUAUAACCUAUAUAGCCACGGAUUAAACAGCCAGUAAACCGUAAGCUGUUCGUCCAGCGAUGCCCAUGGUAAAACUGGUAUCGGCUCAGCCGGUCGCUUUCGGCAAGAAUGCGCUACUACAGAAGCGCUAUGAAAACCAAUGCUCUCACUUGGUUCACGAUCAUCGCGCCAACCAGCGAAAGAUCCAGGGCGCAGAGGAACAGUGUGUGAUUUCCGCCUACAGCCUGCUGAUGGAGGCAGAAAAGUUCGAACGGGAGAAAAUAGAUAGAGGAGAAAUCAAAUAUGAUAGUUCCACUGGGAGAUACUCAACUACGCCCGCACAGGGCAAGUCACGCCGUCAUAUACAGAAAGUGCGUCCUUUGACGGCGGCUGGGCACGGAACGAGCACACCACGGGUUUCGGUGGAUAACAAGAGACCCUCCACAGCCAGCGCCAGUCUAGGCAAACAGAGUGCUUCCGUUAUAUCUAUGAUAGAAAUUGACAAUGAACCAACGGUGGAAAGUCAAAUGACUAAGGAAAGAAGAAAUACACCAUUAGCGAACACUCCACGAUCGGCCGUUCAACAACCACAAACGGAAAAUGUGAACAAUACAGAAAUGCAAUCUAAUUCUCAUUCACAACGGACUUCGGAUCUUCAUGUUAUCAUCCCAAAACAUCCAGCAUCGACACAAAAUACUGUACGCCUUCAUCCAUCGUCCAUUCGGCCAAAAGAUCGGGAUAGCAGACUCUUGACAGAUCGUUCUAAUUCCCGGACAUCCUCCAGGUUGUCUUCCAUACAGGAAGUAAGGGAAAGUGAUAAGGGCUUGCACAACGGCAAAACUUGUCGUCCGCGUACGGCAGAUGACUUCCGCCGGAAGUGUGACGAGAACGAGAUGACAACAUACUGGAACAGGCGCGUCACAAAACUGAUAAAAAGGUGGAAUCUGGAGGAUAUAUCAGAUCCUUUUCUCACUAAUGAAAGCAUGCCUUAUAGUGAUGAAAUCGGUGGUCAUCCUCAAGAGCCUCCCUCUCCGAUUCUUGAGCCACCUACUCGCUCAAUAGAACCGGACACGGACGCGUCCCUUAAAACUAAGAAAUUCAUUCAGACAUAUGGCAGCCAUUUCCGAUCGUUGCUUCGGCCGAAUUCGGCGCCAUCUGUGACAGAAAGUAAGAACCGGCGCCGACCAGUUAAGGUGACGCGCCAAGAGUUGAACAGCAUCAAAGCCGAUAUAUCGCGCAGGCGCAAACAGACAAAUGCAAUACUGAAAAAGAGUAAACGUAUCCGAAACCACAUACAAACACUUGCCGACUGGAAAUAUGAAGGAUAAUAACCUGACUGCCAAUGGUUAAGUUAUAGAAAUAUAUACAACUGAGAGAUUAUCAGACAUAUUUAUAUUCAUUAAAAGAAACAUGUAU